UCAUUGGAAACCACUGAUGUUUGAGCUGCCUCACAUAAAAGGCCAAGACUUUUGGCAGCUCACAGCUCUGGUGGCAGCAGGAUCUUAAAAUGGAUAUUAUACAUUUCUUACUGAAACUGUUAACCAUUGGCUUUGUCUUAUCCAUGUGCCAGGCUGUCAAUUGUAUCUGGAAGACUCAGUACGAACAUAUGGGGAGAUGUUGUGAUGCCUGUCCUUCAGGUGAAUAUCCCAAAAUACCUUGCAAUGAUACCAAGCCUAGUACAUGUGAGAAGUGCCCAGCGGCAAGCAGCUCUAACACCAGGUGCUCCUGCGGCAGUAAUCUCUUGUGUAAUAAUACUGACUGUUCUCAGUGCAUUUCCCGACCACGGUGCAAACGAGGAGAGGAACUCAGGCGAAACGGUAAUUACAUAUUCAGUUAUAUUUGUGAACCAUGCCUUAAUACAACAUACAAUGACGCUGAGGACAGCAUGUGUGAGCCCAUAGCAGACUGCCGCAAAUUUGGUUUGUCUGUACUCUUCCCUGGAAACAUGACGCACAAUGCAAGAUGUGGUUGGCAAAGUGAUGAUGAUCACUUGGCUCAUAUAGUUAUGGGAAUGUGUUUAGCUAUCACCAGUUUGAUCUGUGUGGUGCUGCUUAUUGAUGUCUGCAUUCAAAGGGCCAUGCACAAGAAAAGGAAAACCAAGUACUAUCUGACACAUCCGGAUGAUUGCAUGUGUAAACUGUCCAAAGAAGAAAUGGGUGAAAAGCAUGAUCCACAUAUCAGUGCUGUCCUUUCAGAAGCCUCCACUAAACAAUGUGAUGUUUGAAGUUAAUUUUAUUUUCUGGAAACGUACUGCAAAUAUCCAGCAGCCGCACACCUCUUCAGAAUCUUUUUUUUUUCUUUUUUCUUUUUCCUGAUGUGUUACUUGGUGAGAAUAACUGUGAACAUUUUCUUUUCUAUUUUAUUGAAAGGUUAUAUUUCUACAUGGACUGGCAGAAUGUAGCGUUCAGGUGUAGUAAAGAAAAGCUAUUUAAGAAUAAUUUCAGAACUGGAACUUAGAUGCAAUAACCAUGAAUUCAUAAAAUUAUUGUUAUAAUUGUGUUACUACUAUCUGGAAUAAUAGCAAGGACAGCCAAAUGCCUGGAAAUAUUAAAAUGAUUAAGGAAAAUUUAGGUUUGAAUUUGGGUUGUAACUCAGAUUGUCAAAAAGGGUGAAACAAACUAUUCGUGGUUGCUCAUUUAUUUUUAGCCCUGCUCAGGAGUCAUUGGUAUAUAGGAUGUAUGCUGGAGAGUAGUGUAUCUGUUGUUGGCAUCAGGAAAUGGUUCACUAUGGUAUUGUCUAAUUCAGUUGCUGAGUUCUAGCCCAACUUCAUUAUGGUGAGAUGUGCAAGAAAUUACAAAUAGCACGACUGCGUUAAUCUGUGUUUGUGUUGUAUUCAGUACAGCAUGUUAUACAUGCACUUCAUCAGCCUGACCAGCCCAGUAUAAAUAUCUUGAGUAGAUAAUGCAUAUAUUGCAAAGGGAUGCCAAAACCAGCAUGGCUUGAUCGGCAGAAUUUACAAUCCGUUUUAUGACUUUUGGAGUGUGUGUGCGGGGUGGGGGUGGUAGGAGGUGUCUUCCUUAAGUCAAGAUCACCUUGUAUAAAUGAUUUUUGGCUUAAAGAGCCAGCCUAUGGAGGUGCCUGCAGUCACUUACAACUGCAUUCAAAACACACGUUUAAUUCAUUGUUUUGUCACCCAGUGUUGUAAUUAAAAAAUGUUGUAAGAA